CCGCCGCAGCCGCGGCCGUGGCGGUGGGGGAGCAUGUCCGCGAGUCGGGCCAAGAAAGUGAAGAUGGCCACCAAGUCGUGCCCCGAGUGCGACCAACAGGUUCCUGUUGCAUGUAAAUCAUGUCCCUGUGGUUACAUAUUUAUUAGCAGAAAACUUUUAAAUGCAAAGCACCCAGAAAAAUCACCACCUUCUGCAGAAAACAAGCAUGAGGCCAAGAGGAGGCGCACAGAGAGAGUUAGGAGAGAGAAGAUACAUUCUACAGGAAAUAAGGAUUUAGAAAACAGAAAGAGGUCUCGGAGUAACAGCCAUUCAGAUCAUAUCAGACGAGGAAGAGGAAGACCUAAAAGUGCAUCUGCCAAAAAACAUGAGGAAGAAAGAGAAAAACAGGAAAAGGAAAUUGACAUCUAUGCUAACCUCUCUGAUGAAAAGGCUUUCGUGUUCUCAGUCGCCUUGGCAGAAAUAAAUAGAAAAAUUAUCAAUCAAAGACUUAUUCUUUGAUAUUUGUCUGCAGAAUGUGUUGGAACUUUCUUCAGGAUUGCGUCAGCAGCAGACGGCUGUGGACUCUGGGGAGCCUUCCGCCAGCGUCGAUGAGGGCCGUGGUGGUGGGCCGCCACCGAGCCUGGGCCGCCCCCUGGGGGCGGGGCUGUGGGCUCGGACUGUCCAGGAGCUCCUUGGUUGCCAGGGAGUCUUGUCAGUGUUUUGUGUUUGGGAUAUAAGUAAGUGUAUUUACAAAAAAGAAAAAGAAAAAAA